AUGGCUGAGACCGGUCUUCCGCCUGGAUGGGAGGUGCGCACCUCCAAGUCCAAGGGACUUCCUUACUACUUCAAUACCAAGACCACCGAGUCGCGCUGGGACUCGCCCGAGGGCACCGACCCUGAGAAGCUGAAGCUGUUCAUGGCCAACUACCACAGCACCAAGGCUGGUGACGCAGUGUCUGGCGGCAGCAACGACGCCAUCAGGGCUGCCCAUCUCCUUGUCAAGCAUGAAGGAAGCCGGCGACCAUCGAGCUGGCGCGAGGCCAAGAUAACCCGCACAAAGGACGAGGCGGCGGAGAUUCUGAAGGGAUAUGAGGAGCGCAUCAGGUCGGGAGAAACGACGUUGGCGGAGCUAGCCGUAACUGAGUCGGAUUGCAGCAGCGCACGCAAGGGCGGUGACUUGGGUUUUUUCAAGAGGGGUGACAUGCAGCGGGAGUUUGAGGACGCGGCGUUUGCGUUGCAGCCGGGCGAGGUCAGCGGCCUCGUGGAGACGGCUUCUGGACUCCACCUGAUCGAAAGGUAA